ACCUAACCGGAAAAUGUUUUCACACAUUUUAUGGACUCUGGAUCCUGCCGUCCUGGCCUCCUGGGAUCUUUUCAUUUCAACAGAGACCGAGUACUGAGAGAGCUAUCAGUCAACAAGCUGCUUGACGUCGUGAGUGCCAGUGUCAAUUUCUCAGGACUUGUUCGUUUUCACCGUCAUUUCUUUCUGAACUGUCUUUAACCGCAAUGGCUGCCCCAGCGACCAGGGCCGAAGUUCUCAAAAUCUACAAGACUAUGUUGAGGGAGAGUGGCAAGUUUUCAUUCUACAACUACAGGAUGUAUGCGGUCAGACGCGUGAAAGAUGCUUUCAGGGAGCAAAAGGCCGUCAAUGACGUAUCAAAAAUCCAACAGCACCUACUCGAUGCACGCAGGUUUUUGGAUAUCAUCAAGCGACAAGCAAUUGUGGGAGACUUAUACAAAUUCGAUAAACUCGUAAUCGAAGUAGAGAAUGAUGAAAAACAUUAGUUUUUGUAUCAUGCUGGAUUCAAAAGAGAGCUGAGAGCUGAGUGUUAUUGAAUUUAUCGGUCAAAUUUUCAAAUAUCUACACGCAAGUUUUUUUAAUUGAUGAUUGUUCCUAUGUUUAAUACUGGUAUAUAUUAUUAUAUUGAUCAACAACAUCAUUACUUACAUUAUAUGAGAUUUAAUAUGUACUGAAAUUUGAAAAAAUUGAUAGUAACAACCAGUUUUCACGAAAUUAUGUGUGGUGCUUAAAAGUUUUAUUUUUGUACAUUAUAAACCACUAUAAUAAAUCAUAAAAAUAAAUCUCUUAUAA